UAGUAGGGUAUACUUUAUGUUUAGUUUUUUAAAAAUCCAAAUGUGGACUUAGGUAAUGACAUGAGAAUCAGUUCGCUUGAGUUCGCUGUUGAUCGAAUAAGGAAACACAAGUUUACAUACCUCCACCUUUUUUACUCAACGAAAUAAAAUACGAUUACUAUUUAUAUAUUUCUCUCAGCACUUACUACAUAUUCAACAAUGAAGUAUAUUUUGAUAUUGUCUUUACAAUUACUUUGUGUCGAUUUAAUCAUUACUAGGGAAAUUACACAUGAAGACAUUAAAGAUGCAAUGUUAAGUUUAGUACAUAUGAUGCGAGAUAAUACUGAAAAAUUAGAAAGACAUGAAGUACGAGAACGUCAGUUAGGGGAGCAAUUAAAAAAAACAAUUGCUGUAUUGACAAAACGUAUGUCAACAGUAGAUGGCCUUAAAUCACAGAUAACAAAACUUGAUGAAAAAGUUACAGGAAUUGAACAAUUAAUUUCUCAGAGAGAUGAACGUGAAAGAAUACAAAUGCAGAAAACUGUUGAUACUUUAGAAGAUUUGGAAAGUCGGUUAGAAGGCUGGCUUACAGAUAUUGAAAAUAAAGUAUCUGAAGUUAAUACUAGACCAGUUAUUACACCGCCUUCUAUUGACAAUGUCUCUCUUGUUUUCUCGAAACUAAAUAAUACAGAAUCAUUGUUAAUGGAAAGGAUUUCCAAAGCUGAGUCAAUAUUAAAAUCUGAAGCAAUGAAAUUAAAAGAUAUUUCAAAUGUUCAAACAGGAACAACACAAGCAUUACUGACAGAGAUCCAGGAUAUUAAUUCAAGGCUUAGUCAUCUUGAGAUCUCACUGGAGAAAGUCAGAGAAUACACUCAAACAAUUAAAAAAAAGUUACAAGAACCACAAUUUGAUGCUAUUUCAAAUAUUGAUCAAUAUACUAGAGCUUUACCUUCUAUACAACAACAGUUAGAAGAUGUAUCUGAACAAAUUAAAGAAUUACCAAGGAUUAACAACAUCCAUCACAAUGAAUCGCAAAUACUCUUACAGGAAGCAAAACAUACUUUAAAGGAUGUUGUUACUAAAGAAAUUAAUGAUUUAGAAAAUAAAUUAGAGAAGGCUAAAGUCGAGACAAAGGAGACAAUUGGAUCUCUUAGAAUGGACUUAGCAAAUAAUGCUGAACGGGUGAAUCAAGAAUUAAUUGAUCUUGAAAAGGGACAAUCUGUAAUGGUUUCAAUGGCUGAUCAUGUUUUGGAUACUAAAAGGAGAGUAGAAUAUGGGGUACAUCAAAUUCUUUUAGAAGUAGGAGAUUUAGUGAAAGCACAAGGUGUAAAUAUUAAUAAUACUUUAAAUCAAAGAUUUGACGGUAUAUCAAAUGAUAUCAUGGACAAUCAAAAUGGUGCUUUGGCAAAUUUAACUACUAAAAUGGAACAAGAAAUGAACGAGGUGUGGCGACAAAUAAAUGUCAUGUAUCAACAAAUGACAGAAAGUACAAAAACUUUGGAAAAAUUACAUAAACAAAACGUAGAGUAUGUAAAUGGUACAACUACUACUAUGGAUGGCAUGGAGACCAAGGUUGGCGAGAUAACAGAACGUAUGACAGAAGUCGAUAAAAACUUAAAUUAUCUCUUGGGACGACUUUCACUCGUGACACAAGAAUUUAAUCAAAUAAAAACGGGGUUGGGCACUGCGUUAGAUAAUAUCAAAGCAUCUUUCAAAGAAGUGCAAGAUAAAGCAAAUGAUUUAAGCAAUCCAGGACCACAUCCAAUACCUGAAAAUUAUGAAGAAUUUAGUGAAUCUGAUAGUAAACCAGAUGGUAAGCCUGUACCAGAAAUUAUUAACAAUUUGUUUAAUCAGCCAGUUAAUUAACUUAUAUUUUUGUGUACUCGUAAAAAAGUAAAA